AUGAUUUCUUCCAAAAUUCCCUCCAAGUGGAGGGAUCCCCCAAAAAUUAUCAAAAUGCUUAAAAGGGCAAAAAAUACUUCUUCGAAUAUAUCAUCGUCUUUAAAUUAUUGCAUCGAUUUGGUUAGAAAAUUAGAUCAUGAUAAUUAUUUGUGUUCACUACUUCUUCCUGAAAAUUUGAGGGCCACUGCUUUUGCAAUCAGGGCUUUUAAUAUUGAGUUGUCAAAAAUUCAAGAACAAACUAGUCAACAGUACACUGGAGCUAUGAGAGUUAAAUUUUGGGAAGAGAGUUUGAAUCAAGUUUAUAGUGACUCUCCUCCCAAGCAUCCUGUUUUACAAGAAAUAUAUUUAGCAACAAAGAGGCAUAAAUUAUCAAAAUUUCAUUUUAAAAAACUUUUGACAACUAGGCUCAAUCAAUUGAAUGUGUCGACUUUUAAUGACAUGGCUGACAUGGAAUCAUAUGCAGAUAAAACUUGUAGUCCUGUGUUAAUGUUACUUUUAGAAGCAAUUAAUGUUAAAAAUUUAGAUUGUGAUCACAUAGCAAGCCAUAUUGGUAAAGCUCAAGGUUUAUCAAAUUUAAUUAGAUCUUUGCCAUAUAAUUUUAAAGAAAAAAUAGUUUUAUUACCAAGGACAGAAUUGUUAAAAUAUAGUGUUAGUGAAGAAAGUUUAAUGAGGAAUACAGUAAAUCCUGAAUCCUUAUCACAAAUAAUAUUUGAAGUCGCAACUAAAGCCAAUAAUCAUUUAAAUUUGGCUUCAUCACUUAGGGAAAAAAUUCCAGUGAAUUGUCAUUCAUUAUUUUUACCAGCAGUUCCUGUUCGAAUAUUUUUAAACAAAUUAGAAAAAGCAAAUUUUUACAUAUAUGACCCUAACUUGUAUAAAAAAAAUGGUCUUCUUCCAUUUUUUUUAUUUUGGAAUAAAAUAAGAAAGUCUUUUUAA